GCGGCCAUGAAAGGCAUAAAAGGUCAGGUCAAACUUUGCUUCCACUACUCGAAUCACAAACAUCAUCACUAUCAUCUUUUCAAGCGAACUCAUGUCUUCUAUCUAAGCACCAUUGACCUUAAUUCCUCAAGCCAUAAUUUCCCCGAGAGAUCUUUAUAACCAUUAUACCUCAAACGAUCGAAUCCAUCUCCGAACCGUCGAACGCCCUGGUCUUUUCUCCAUGGCUUCGGUUGUUGUCGCCCUUGGUGUCAUUGUCUACUUCUCGGCCAAGAAGGUGCACGAUCACAGAGAAAAGAAGCGCGAGCUGAAAGCUCAAGAAUUUCUGUCACACGACAUGACUGAGAAAAUGGCGACGAGCGAUGAACUCAGCAACCAUCUUGAAACCGACGACAACCUCCCGGCUUACCGCAGAGAGCCGCGGCUACCACGCUACACGGAGGAUGAGCAACCCACGACCGUUGUUAGCAAAAAGCGCAACGCGCUUCUUGGUUCCUUUCGAUUUUAGGGAUUUUAGUCAAUUUGAGAGAGAAAGAUGUAUCAUAGACACAUAGCAAACGAGUGGAUUAUGUUUGUUUGGAUUACGAGACUUCAUAUGACUGGAGUGACACGCGAAUGAUAGACCCAAUAGAUACUUUG